AGGCUGCAGAGUGAGGCUGCGACAGUCUGCACUGGGGCCUGGCCUGGGCCUGCAGAACAAGCCAGGUGACACAGGGGAGCUGAAGAAAGAGGAGCUUUAUGCCUUUCUGAGGGGAGCACACAUUCUGCCAGGCAGUGGAAACAAAGAGAAGAACUGUUUGUAGCCCUAAUCCAGACGUCCCAAGCAAACAGAAAACCUCGAUGGGCAAUGAGCACCUGAACCACUCAAGGCAUCUCAGCAGUGAGUUCACUGGAGACCCUGGUGGAAAGCCAGAGAAGUUCAGAGUUUAGUCCCCAAAGAAACAUAUGAGCUCAAGAGACUCUGGCCCCAGAAUCACCUUGGGGCAAAGGAGAAGGUCCCCACUAUUCCUACAUGAGGACAUUCCUGUUAACACCACAGGAUGGAUGGAUGGAUGGAUGGAUGGGCAAACAUAGAGAGAUUCUCUGUGGCCCAUUAAAGGAUCGUGUGAUGACCUUCAUACACUACCUGAAGUCCUGCGCUCCUUCUGCUGUAAGGAGUUUGAUUCCACAAAAGAAACCAAACAUCAGAAACAUGUCCAGCACGGCUGGAGGGCUCCGACCUGCCAGCGUUGUGGUCCUGCACAGGUCCCUUGCCCCGGCCUUUGAAAAGUUCUGCCAAGCCAACAGUGGCCCUCUGCCCCUGCUGGGCCGAAGCGAGCCAGGCAAGUGGACAUUGCCCACCCUGGGCACUGCCCCAGACGCCAGGACGGGAUGUCCCCAGUUCCAGAAGUAUGAGUUCGGUGCCUGCACGGGUAGCCUGGCCUCGCUGGAGGAGUACUCGGAACAGCUGAAGGACAUGGUGACCUUCUUCCUGGGCUGCAGCUUCUCCCUGGAGGGGGCCUUGGAGAAGGUGGGGCUCCCCAGGAGAGACCCAGCAGGCCACGUGGGUGCCUACAAGACAGCAGUGCCGUGCGUCCACAUCGCUGGCUUUUGCUGCCCUCUGGUGGUCACAAUGAGGCCUAUCCCCGAGGACAAGCUGGAAAGGCUGGUGCAGGCCAGUUGCUCUACGGUGGGACAACCCAUUCAUAUCGGUGACCCAGAACUGUUGGGAAUCAAAGAUCUCUCCAAACCUGACUACGGGGAUCCUGCGGUGUGUCAGCCAGGGGAUGUCCCAGUGUUCUGGCCUUCUCGGCUGACCAGUCUCGAAGCUGUCAGCAGCUGCAAGACCCCGCUGGCUUUCACGAGCGCACCGGGUUGCACAGUUAUGACCGACCUGAAGGAUAUGGAGUCUCCCGCCAAUCGUCUCACCCCUGAGGGAAUUCCAGAGGUCCAUCUCAUUUCCCAGGAUCCUUUGCACUACAGCAUCACAUCGGCUUCAGCUGCUCAGAAGAUCAGAGAACUAGAAACUAUAAUUGCUGUAGACCCAGGCAACAGGGGGAUCGGGCACCUGUUCUGUAAAGAUGAGCUCUUGAGGGCCUCUCUGUCGCUGUCCCACGCCCACUCCGUGCUCAUCACCACCGGGUUCCCCACGCAUUUCAAACACGAACCUCCGGAAGAGACAGAUGGCCCCCCGGGAGCCAUCGCUCUGGCCACCUUCCUGCAAGCCUUGGAGAAGGGUGUCUCCAUGGUCGUUGACCAGAGAGCCCUGAGUCUAUUCGAGAAGCUUGUUGAAGAGGCUGUUGAGCAAGGUGUUAUGAAGACACAGACCCCAAUAUUAACUUACCAAGGUGGAUCUGCGGAAGCAGCUCAGGCAUUUCUCUGCGAAAAUAGGGACCCCAAGUCUCCUAGAUUCGACCACCUGGUGGCGAUAGAGCGCACAGGAAGGGCUGCGGACGGCGGCUACUACAACGCGAGGAAAAUGAACGUCAAGCACUUGGUGGACCCCAUUGACGAUCUCUUCCUCGCUGCGCAGAAGAUUCCUGGAAUCUCAUCAACUGGGGUCGGUGAUGGAGGUAAUGAGCUUGGGAUGGGCAAAGUCAAGGAGGCUGUGAAGCGCCACAUACGAAAUGGGGAUGUCAUCGCCUGUGAUGUGGAGGCUGACUUUGCUGUCAUCGCUGGUGUUUCUAACUGGGGGGGCUAUGCCUUGGCCUGUGCUCUGUACAUCCUGAACUCAUGUGAGGUCCAUGAAUGUUACCUGAGGAAGGCAGUUGGACCCUCCAGAGCACCUGGGGAACAGAACUGGACUCAGGCCCUCCCCUCCAUCACUAAGGAAGAAAAAAUGCUGGGUAUCCUGGUGAGGCACAAAGUCCGGAGUGGCGUCUCGGGCAUCGUGGGCAUGGAGGUGGACGGGCUGCCCUUCCACGGCACACACACCCAGAUCAUCCAGAAGCUGCUGGACGUCACCUCGGUGAGCGUGUGACAGACAUGUUACAUGCCUGUGGAGUGCGUACCAGAUGGCCACGCCUGGAUCUGGGGAGGACACCCGAGGACCGCAGCUUCUUUCUACACCAGCUUUGAAACGAACCCCAGCCCUGGGUGAGCUCUGUACGCUGCCCUGGACACUGCAUGCCCACUUCCUGGGGCGGGGGGCGGGGGGUGUACUGCAGGUGGACCAAGGAAAUGUUUCUCUGGGGUUUUCCAGUUUUUGCUUUUAUGCUUAAAGGGCUAGAGGCAUUGAUUUCAACCCUUCUUCGCCCUGGCUUCUUCAGGCCACCCAAGUGGUGUGCUCUGAGAGUCUUCUGACCAGUCACUUAUGGGGACAAAAGUGAGCAAUUACCUACCAGGCAGACAAAAGAGCAGGCGUCACCACGGCCAUAGAACAAUCCCCAAGGCUAAUUAAGAAAUAAUAAACCGUACAAAUGUGUAGUGUA